UUCUCUUCCUUCAAACUCAUCACUCUCAAUUUCAAAACACAUCAAACAACAAAAAUUCUCUUUUCUUUCUAGCUAAAAUCUUCUCUGCAUCUUUACGCAUUUCUAAUUCUCUUUAAGAAAAAUGAAGAUCUCUGCAGUAUUCGCAAUCUUUAUGAUCAUUGGUUUGUUAUCAACUUCAUCAAGACACUACAGAAAAGAAGGCUUCUAGGGACGGCCACUUUUAAAAAAAACGUCCCUAGAGAUUAGUUGUUGGGACACUCCACUUUAGCCGUCCCUAGAACUGUCCAUUUGGGACGUCCCUAUCUGGCCGUCACUAUUGGUCCACUAAUAGGGACGCAUUAUUUUUACCCGUUCCCAAUAGAUAGAUUUUUGACGGUUACGAUUGAGUCAUCAGUAGUUUAAUUAUUUUACGCCUGAAAACACAGGAAAACAUUUUCUUUUCUUUUUUUCUUGGUUAUACCGGCCUUCUUUCAGUUUCUCUUCACAUUCUUCCUCCCCUGCUGAAAAAAUCUCGUUAAGUUAAACCUCCUCCGUUCGUGAUUUUACCCUGUGAGAUCUCAAAUUCGUCCGCAGUGAAGCGACACUUGAUUCUAAGGGUUUGCAAAUUACAAGAGCACACUUUCCGCAUCUCCAUCGAUUUUGGGAAUUCAGGUGCAUAUUGCUGGUGUUGGCGAUUGGGUUCAUUUCAUCGCAGGAUCAUUCUCUGGCUUGCAUGCUCAUAAUCAUCCCUCGCUAUUAACUUAUAAAGGUAAUGGAAUUGUUAAAUUUGUAAAGUUUAGUGUAACUAUCACCAAGUAAUUCUUACUAAUUCAUGUCUGUCCUGCGUUCUUUUCCUCUUUCUGUUGGGUUUGUGGCAUAUGUGUGCGUGCGUGAUUAGUGGUUUCCGUUAAUCAUAAGUUUGUUCCUUAGUCAUUUUGUGUAAAACCAUGGAUAAGAGCUGGGUUCACAAGGAUCGGUGGGUUAAAGAGUAUGAAGAUGGCGUGAGGCUAUUCUUGGACCAUGCAUUCGAGAAAGGAGUUGUUACUGAAGAUAGUAAAAUGAAAUGUCCUUGCAGAAAGUGCAAUAAUGUUAAUUACAAAGUUAGAAGUGAAAUUUUCAGUGAUUUGAUAUUGCACGGUAUGAUGAGAAAUUAUACUACAUGGUUUCAUCAUGGUGAGAGUUUAAGCUCAAUGGUCUCAUCAAGUAUCGCACCACAAGAUACAUGUUUUGAGGUCAGAAAUAACAACGAUGAACGACCAGGGGAUGACCUUUUUGGCAUGCUGCGAGCUGUGUGUGGAAUACCAAUGCGUGAUAAUGAAGGUAUGGAUGAUAGGGGUUACGGUGAAGGUAUGGAUGAUAUGGAUGGCGAUGAAGAUAUGGAUAAUGGGGAUGGAGGAGCGAGUGGUUUACCAUGUAAUUGUACAACUUCUAGGUUUUAUAAAUUUAUCGAGGAGUCAAAGAUACCAUUGUAUCCUGGCUGCGAAAAAUGUCAGUGAUGUCUUUUCUUGUCCGAUUUUGGAAAUAUAAAUGUGUUGGCGGGAUGUCUGAGAAGUCAGCCAAGGAUAUGCUUCAACUUAUGAGGGAUUCAUUUCCUGAUAAUUGUAAUUUGCUAGAAAAUUUCACACAGUGCAAGAAAAUACUUUCAGAGUUAGGAUUGACUUACAAUAAGAUUGAUGCGUGUCCGAAUGACUGCAUUCUUUAUUAUAAGGAGUACGCUGAUAGGGAAACAUGCCCUGUUUGUAAAGCAUCUCGUUACAAAUAUGGAACCAAAACACCAGCUAAGAUUCUUCGCCACUUUCCUUUGAGACCUCGGCUACAGCGGCUGUACAUGGAAUCUAAGACUACAGGAUAUAUGAGAUGGCAUGCUGAAGGGCGUCCAAGGGAUGGUAAAAUGAGACAUCCAGCUGAUUCUGAAGAUUGGAAGCAUUUCGAUGAGAUGAAUCCGACGUUUGCUGCUGAACCGAGGAAUAUCAGACUAGGUUUAGCAACAGACGGUUUUAGUCCAUACCAUUCAACCAGAAAUCCGCAUAGCACAUGGCCUGUGGUCCUUUUACCAUACAAUCUGCCCCCAUGGUUGUGCAUGAAGCAACCUAACAUGAUCUUGUCUUUGCUUAUACCAGGCCCCUAUAGUCCAGGUAACGAUAUUGAUGUAUACAUGAGGCCCUUAAUCGACGAGCUUAAGGAGUUUUGGGAAGAAGGGGAAAAUACAUAUGAUUCUUCACGAAAUGAAAUGUUUAAUAUGCCUGUGGGUUUAUUGUGGACUAUAAGUGAUUAUCAUGGACUAGCGAUGCUAUCAGGAUGGAGUAUCAAAGGCAAGUUGGCAUGUCCAACGUGUCAGGAAGAUACACCGCAUCAGAGGUUGAAGCAUGGAAGAAAAACCUGCUACAUGGGACACCGACGCUUCUUUCCAAUGGGUCACAGGUUUCGCUCUCUAACGAAGGAAUUCAAUGGUAAUGUGGAAUACGGUUCACCACCAAACCCAUUGUUAGGGCCAGAUAUCUUGCAGAAGCUAAAACACAUUCCACAUGUAUUUGGAAAACAGUUUGAGGAUAGUCUGAUGGGUGAUCGUCCACGCAAGAGAAAAGAACGAGAAUCAAAUACAGCUACGAGUAACAUGUCGGGCAAUUGGAAGAAAUUGAGUAUUUUUUAUGAACUGCCGUACUGGGCAGAUAAUAUACUCAAACACAAUUUAGAUAUCAUGCACACUGAGAAGAAUGUGUGCGAUAGCGUUAUUGGUACUCUGCUGGAUAUGGAUAAGAAAGCCAAGGAUGGUCUAAAGGAAAGGUUAGAUCUUCAGCUCCUAAAUCUCAGACCUGAGCUUCACCCAAUUAUGACUGCAAAUGGGAAGAAAUUCUUCUUACCAAAUGCAUGUUACUUUAUGGAUAAUGCUAAAAAGGAGAUGUUCCUUAGUGUCUUGAAUAACUUGAAGACCCCAGAUGGUUACUCUUCACUCAUUGCAAGAUGUGUGAAUAUGAAACAGCGUAAGAUUUUUGGAUUAAAGAGUCAUGAUUCACAUGUGAUAAUGCAGCAGCUAUUGCCUUUGGAAAUUCGAAAGACGUUGUCAGAUAGAGUUAGUUCUGUGUUAAUUGAGUUAAGUUCAUUCUUCCAAGAACUAUUCUCCAAGAAUUCACGGCCUAAAGACUUCAAAUAA